UACCACACCGCAUCGCGUAGCACGACACGACAUUCCCUCUAUGCCCCACCACAGGGAGUCCCAACUCCCAACCUCCACCUGCAUCAAUCAUCCCUCGUCCAUCUCACCACCAUGCCACCUGUGUCUCCACUCCACUCUGCUCAGCUCACCUCCAUAAGGUUUGGCAUGGAACUGGGACUGGGAGCUCCAACUUCUCCGCCGCCAUGGCGUGGCCAUCUCCUCUUCCGCGCGCUCGUCAUCUUCCUCUGCCUCUGGGUUACAUCAUCCGAGACAAAUAAACAACAUGCGGAACUACCACCAAGAGGAUGGAAUUCCUAUGAUUCUUUUUCUUGGACGGUUGAUGAAAAUGCAUACUUGCAAAAUGCAAAGGUUUUGGCAGAAAAGUUACUACCACAUGGAUAUCAGUAUGCAGUUAUUGAUUACCUGUGGUACCGAAGGUAUGUUGAUGGGGCAUAUACAGAUUCGUAUGGGUUUGACAACAUUGAUGAGUGGGGUCGACCGUUUCCUGACCUCCAAAGAUUUCCAUCGUCCAAAUAUGAUAAAGGGUUCAGUCAAAUUGCCAAUAAGGUUCACGAGAUGGGCUUGAAAUUCGGCAUCCAUUUAAUGGAAGGAAUAAGUACACAGGCUGUUAAUGCGAACACACCCAUCUUGGAUAUUGAGACGGGAAAACCCUAUGUAGAGAAUGGUCGGCAAUGGGCAGCUCGUGACAUUGGCCUGACCCAUAAAACAUGUGCAUGGAUGCCACAUGGAUUUAUGAGUGUAAAUACGGAUAUUGGAGCUGGACGGGCCUUCUUAAGAUCUCUUUACCGACAGUAUGCGGAUUGGGGUGUUGAUUUUGUGAAGGUUGAUUGUAUCUUCGGUACUGAUUAUAGCCCGGAAAAAGUAAUAACUGUUUCACAGCUCCUGCGAGAGCUUGACCGCCCAAUAGUACUAUCCAUCUCACCAGGAACUGAAGUCACUGUACCAUUAGCUGAAAACAUCAGUGAACAUGUUAAUAUGUAUAGGAUAACAGGAGAUGAUUGGGACAACUGGAAAGAUGUUAGUUCACAUUUUACUGUGUCAAGUGCCUUCUCUGCUGCGAAUAAGAUUGGGGCCGCCGGAUUACGAGGAAAAUCUUGGCCAGAUUUAGACAUGCUUCCAUUUGGCUGGCUAACUGAUCCGGGUGUCAAUCAGGGCCCUCAUAGGCCAUGUAACCUUACAUUUGAUGAACAGAAAGCACAGAUGACACUUUGGUCAAUGGCUAAGUCGCCUCUCAUGUAUGGAGGAGAUCUGAGACAUCUCGACAAUAGUACAUUCGGCAUCAUAACCAAUCCUACUCUAUUGAAGAUAAACUACUACAGUAAAAAUAACAUGGAGUUCCAUUAUGUGUAUGGUGAGACGUCUUCUAAUACCAUACAUUCUGGUCACUUGAGUUCUCGAUAUCCUGUAAACCUGACAAAACAUGAUGGCAUGGUCGUGGGUCUCACUUCCUGCACCAAUGGCCAAGCUAAUGGAUGGUUUGUAUUUCCACAAGAUGGGAAGUCAGAUCAUAUAUGCAGGAUCUAUGAAACAGAGAAUGGCAAAAAUGUCUCAUUUUGCUUGGGGAAAACAAAACCUCUUCUUGCCUCGGAUGAUGAUAUCAUGGAAAAGGAAGAAGACCAAACAAAGUUCCAUCUGGCAGUUGCAGAUAUUAACGAUUCUUGUUUGGAUGCAUCUGCUAGUCGGCGGCGGACUGCCUCAGAGGUUAAGCUUCCCAUGUUCUCCAGGUGCAAAUGGCAUGCAAAGCAGAUGUGGGAGCUGAAUGACAAGGGUAACCUUGUGAGCAGCUAUUCAAGAUUAUGUGCCACAGUAGAAUCCAGCAAGGAAGCAGUAGGUAUUACUGGAGCUCGUGCAUGGAUUGCAACUGGAAGUAAAGCAGCGUCGGAGUUGCAGGGGAGUGCGCCAUGUUCGAGACCUCGCCGUCAAUGGUGCGGAAGCAGGGAAGAAGAAGGGGUCGUGGUGCUGCAGAAGAGGAGAAGGUCGUGGGAAGAUGACGGUUGCCUGGAUCCCCAGCCACUUGGCGCGUGUGGGCAGAACGAGUGGCCGCAUGGACCCAUGAGCAGCGGUGCGUGCCGAAGGGUCCGGCGGAAAGGUUCGGCCGGCGCGCCAUUUAUAAACACUUCCCUUUGCAUAAUUAUGGAUCAACUCAGGGUUAUGAAAACAUUGGGUUGCACUGAUAUAGAAGGGCCACAGAAAAUGAGGAGAGGGCAACAGAGGAGCCGGACUGCCUGGGUGUGGUCUCUUCUGGUGCAUUUCGCAAACAUAUUUUUUUGGGUGCAAACUUUGACAAAUGUUUUGAGUGCUUGCAAAUUUUCAUAAUGUUUUCAUGGAAGUCAUUAAAAAAAUCAA